UAGCCAAUGACGAGAGGCCAGGUGAAACAAAUGAAGUUUGAGUUUGACGUGUCGCAGGUUUGUGUUUUGUUUCAUUUGUUUGUUAUCACACCUAAUCAUAGAUGCGAAUAAAAGCGCUCAGUUAAGUUGAAAAUGUAUUCGAGUUACAUUCUAGGCUCAAUUUUGCUUCUGUUUAGUUUUACGCGAUCUGCAAACGGCUGCAAAGGCUGCGUUUCGUUGGACGAAUACAAUUUCGAUAAGAUUAUUUCGAGAUUUGAAGCGGUUUUGGUGAAAUUCGAUGUGGCUUACCCCUACGGUGAAAAACACGAUGUUUUUACAAAACUCGCCGAAGAACUAGCCCAAAAUGAGAAACUGAUUUUGGCUGAAGUCGGUGUUAAGGAUUACGGUGACAAGGAAAACGAGAAAUUGGCACUCAAAUUUGGGGUUGGGAAAGACGAUUUGCCGGCGAUUCGGCUCUUCGUCAAGGGUAAAUCACCGGUAGAAUUAGCAAAAAGCGCAGAAUGGACGGUGGACAACCUGAGAAAUCUCAUAAAAGACAACACCGACAUUUAUAUCGGACUUCCCGGUUGUUUGGAAAAAUUCGAUAAACUGGCGAUGGAAUUCGUCAAUUCGGGGAACAAACAGAAGAAACUGGAAGAAACGCAAGCGAAAGUCGCCGAAUUGAAAGACAACGAGAAGGAAACGGCCUCCAUUUACGUUAAAUUCAUGUCGAAAAUCGUCGAAUCUGGAUUGGACUUCGUCAACCACGAAUUGGGACGUUUGAACAAAAUUCUCAAACAAGGCAAAGUGAACGACAAGAAGAAAGUCGAGUUGGCCAACAGACUGAACAUUUUACGCUCAUUUUCAUUACCCAAAGAUGAAUUGUAAUUAAAAAAUAAACAAUUUCCACAAA